AUGUUCCCAACUGGGGGUUUCAUUUUCGUCUGUGGGCUGCUAGCCCAAGCCACUGCCCUUCCAGGAGCCGUGCCAUUGCCCUUGGAGCAAAAUCUGCCUCUGCCUGUGUCUCCAGCCCUGCCCCUCAAUCCCACAAGUCCUGCUGCAGGUUUGACAAAUGCUCUCACCAAUGGCCUGAUCGCUAAUGAUCUGUUGGGAAUUCUUGAGAAACUUCCCCUGUUGGACAUCCUGAAGUCCGGGGGAGACAAGUCUGGUGGCCUGCUUGGGGGACUUCUUGGGAAAGUGACUUCAGUGCUUCCUAUCUUUAAUGACAUCAUUGACUUGAAGAUCACUAAUCCCCAUCUGCUGGAGCUCGGCCUGGUGCAGAGCCCGGAUGCCCAUCGUCUCUUUGUCAACAUUCCUCUGGGCAUGAUCCUCAACGUGAAAACGCCUCUGGUUGGAAGUCUGUUGAAGCUAAAAGCAAAUCUAAACAUCACUGCAGAGAUCAAAGCUGUGAAAGACAAGCAACAGAAUAUCCACCUUGUCGUUGGUGAUUGCACUCACUCCCCUGGCAGCCUGGAAAUCUCUCUGCUGGAGGGAUUCGGUCCCCUCCCCACACAAGGCCUUCUCGAUGAUGUCACUGGGAUGGUGAGCAAAGUCCUUCCUGAUCUGGUUCAGGGCAAGGUGUGCCCUCUACUCAAUGAGGUUCUCAAAGGCUUGGACUUCACGCUGGCACAUUCCAUCAUUGACUUGCUGAUCCAUGGGGUUGAAUUUGUCAUCAAGGUCUGA